CUGUCUGUGAUUAAGUUCCAGGGAACGCGCUCAGUAGCUCUGGUUAUGAGAGUGGUUGGAUCUGGAUCCUCCCAGAGAAAAGCCCAGUGGGGGUCUGUCAGACGGGCGCCCAUCAUGGUGGCUGCUAGGCCGGGGGCGUCGGUUGGGUGACAGGGUUUGAUUGUGAAUUUCAUUUUCAAGAUUACCUAGUAGGCAGAUGGGAGUGUUGGAAGGGUGAAUCGAGAAUCGAUGGUGUUGAGAGGGAAGGCCGAUACUUAUCGGCGGGGUCAGAAUCGGAGUUCUUUGUUCGGUUGAUUGGGGUAUAAGUUGUAUGAGCAGACUGGAUUCAAUCAAUCAACAAACAAAAUGGCAAUGGCACAGAAUAAGAGAAUUCACAGCUGGUUCAACCGCGAAAUGCCUCGUCUCGACGAACUCCCCGACGAAGAAGCCGAAAAGCCCUUUAUCACACCCACCAGUUCUGAAUCCGACGAUGAAGUCUUCCACCCUAAGCAGAAACCAUGGUAUAGACACAUCAUCCCCAUAGCCGGAAUAGCAGUCGCCCUCUUCCUCGGCAUGAUCGCCUUCUCCAUCCUCAUCAACGACAGCAAAUCCGGCUCUGUCCCCGACGCCCCCCAACCACAAGUGCAAGGCGGAUCAGUCGUAACAGCACACUGCGGGACAACACCGGAGGAAGCCCAAGAACGCGGCUGUUUCUGGGACAUUAUGAGUUUCGGCUGGAUGCACCCUUCGUGUCUCGAUCAGGCCGAGUCGGCGAAAUGGGCUGAGAAAUACGGGCCGUGGAAGUGGUAUACCGAACGGCCGGAUAAUACUACGUCAGAAGAAGAUCUUAUACCUCUUACUCAAGAGGAGCUACCGUAUACGCCUGUUGUCUGGACGACGCAGGGCUACCAUGUUCAGCAUUGUCUGUAUGUGUUGAAAAUGAUCCAUCUGGCGGCGAUGAAGGAGGGGCCGGUUUCGAAUGAGGGGAUUGAGUUGGGACAUACGGAUCAUUGUGCGAUGUUGAUUGGGAAUCCGGAGUUGGUGGAUUAUGAAGAGGUGAAUACGAGGGUGCAUUUGUUGUUUGUGCAGUGUGUGACUUUGACUUGAUCGUAUAAGAAUCGGAGGUAGAUUCGGAGGUAUCAAUCUAAGAUUAUAUAUUAUAUCAAGUACAGUCCUUCCAUUCUAUUCAAUCAA